AUGAGCAAGAAGAAGCCCUACAAGUGCUCGGAGUGUGGGAAGAGCUUCAGGCAGAGCAAUCACCUGCUCCGCCACCAGAUGAUCCACACUGGGGAAUGGCCCUGCAAGUGUGGGGCAUGUGGGAAGGGCUUCAGCUGCAGCUCCGACCUGACUGUGCACCAGAGGGUCCACACCGGGGAGAGACCCUAUGAGUGUUCUGGGUGUGGGAAGAGGUUUCGGAUAAGCUUCCAUCUCCUUCUGCGUGAGCGCAUUCACACAGAGGAGAGGCCUUUUCGCUGCCCUGACUGCGGAAAGGCCCUCAAGCAAAACUCCCACCUCGUCAUCCACCGGUGCACACACACUGGGGAGAGGCCCUAUGAGUGUUCUGAGUGUGGGAAGAGGUUUCAGACCAGCUCCCAUCUCCUUCUGCAUGAGCGCAUUCACACAGAGGAGAGGCCUUUUCGCUGCCCUGACUGCGGAAAGGGCUUCAAGCAAAACUCCCACCUCGUCAUCCACUGGCGCACACACACUGGGGAGAGGCCCUAUGAGUGUCCCCAGUGUGGAAUGAGCAUCACCCAGAGAUCUGCCUUGACCAAACACCAACGGAAGCACCAGUAA